AUGACAUUCAUUCUAUUGUUCACGAUCGACACGUACGAGGAAACGGUCAGUGUAAAUCCCGAUACAUCCUAUCUUCACUGGAACAGUACUUUUCCGGCAAUUUCUAUUUGUUACGGCAAGGGACGAACGAAUCAGUUGACAAACUUUUUGAAGCAACAUUGGAUGAGUAGCAAUUUUACACCCUCCAAAAAUGCAGCAUACUUAUGGACAAAAGUGGCUCAGACGUACCUAUUCAUCAGUCCGAAUGCCAACAUUGACGAAGAUAAUAACAUAGUUUGUGAUGGAUUCAAUAGUACGUGCAAUUUAAAUUUGGAAGUUAUGAGGAAUGCGUUUUUUCCAACAGAUUGCAAGGAAGUAUUUAUUAGUGUUAAAUACAAAGGGAAGGCGUACGAUUGUGAUCAACUGUUCAAGUUUUCUCUCACCGAAAUGGGAAGCUGUUUUACCACAAACAGUAUCUACAAUCAUGGCUUUAAUUUCGAAACAUUACCGUUGAAGUUUAACUUUUGGACCAGGAAGAGAAGCUUAGAAUUUAGCUACAAAAAUCACGAUAGCAUCAAUUAUAUGAUGUAUAUUCAUAGCCCGGAGGAUUAUCCGAAUUUCGUUGAAUCUUUUUACACGCUCAGAAAAUCAGGUAUUGUUUCUCAGUUUAUGCUCCAGGUCACGGAAACGUACAACCUGCCAGAAGUAAAAAGCGAACCAAUUGAAAAGCGGAAGUGUAGAUUCCCCGAAGAAAUGCUUACACCAUCGAUGCCUUACAGUUUUUCGCAAUGCUUUCUUUACAACAGGAUUCAACUUGAACUACAAAUGUGUAACUGUACCAUACCGACUGCACCGAAGGAGUAUGAAAGAUUUUAUUGUGAUUUUCAAGGGCUUUUAUGCAUUAUAAAAGCAAACGUAAAACAGCUCACCAAAUACUCCCAUAUCGAUCACGAAGACUCCUUCUGCAUGCAAGCUUGUGAGUCGUUGGAAAUCAAACUGAUAGGUGAGACGUAUGAGACCACAAAGAGUUCCAGUGAACCAGGAAAGGUUAUUUUAGAAGUACUAAACACUCCUAUUUUCCGUUAUCAACGGCGUGUUGUACGGAAUCAACUAGAUUUCGUAGUUUCUAUAGGAGGUAUUGGAGGACUGUUUUUCGGUGUUUCGUUGAUAAGCGUUAUGGAGUUUGUGUAUUCUGUGUUUUUCAAACCAUUCUAUUUGAAAGUUCGAGUUUAG